GACGAUCUUUAUUCGGAGUAAUUUAUCAAUUAUACAUAUAUAUAUAUAUAGACCGACUUCAGGCAUAUGCUAAUCUUUAUGCAACGCUCGUUUGAAUAUCGAGACACUUAGAAAAAGGGGAAAUUGUCAUAUUUUUAAUAAGAGAUUGGAAGUUGAAAAAGUUGAAAUAUGGACGCCCUUAUGCCAAAACCGGAAUCACGUUAUUUGAUCCAUUGGCGUGCUUAUGUUUAUGUCAACAAAUUGUACUCGCUGCCAAAAGGCGAGGUACGUGGUUUUCGCAAUUUAAAACCGGUGGAUUUCAGCCGCGAUUUGAAUGAAAUGAUUCGUGUGCAGGAGUUCGCAAACCGGGAUCUUUCCGUGCUGCUAUUCCACAAGCGAACGGAUUUGGCGAAUGUCCGUGAUGUAAUCCUGCCAAAUCUGCUCUUCGGAAUAAACAUGAAGAGCUUGGAGUUUCGUAUCGCAUUGUCACCGUAUAUAGGAUCAAGGACCAAUCACUUUGUGCAGGAACUCAUUAACUAUGCACGCUCGCCGUAUGGGGAUCCAGUCAGUUAUGAGUUCAACGUGAAGUAUCGCAGCGAGUUGGCUGUCGAUGGCGCUGUGCUUCACAACUUUGUGGAGUUCUCGAAGCGUGUGGAUGAGAAUGAGUAUGUGAGCGAACCGCUGUAUAGCCAGUUGUACGUUCAGGAUGCCAGCGGCGAGACCAACGAUCUGACCGUUCUGGAUAACGGAAUGGAUGCGACACUGCUCCAGUUGCACCACUUGAGCCAAAGUUUCCAAGUAUGCAAGGCGCAGACGGCUCAAAAGGAGCCAGCCAGAUUGGCUUAUAGAAAACCAUCACUUCAACUCGCCGGCGAUCCAAGGCGUUCGGAAGUCAAUGGGCCGCGGCUCACGAGAUUGAAAAUUGCCAGGAAGUAUGAUCGACUGAGGCGGAAGCGUUGGAACUUGAAAGACCAAGCCUAAGAGACACACUCGCACACACUCACACACAGUUACACUCACUCACACCCACAGUUACACGUGCAAUUUGGGCACGUGCCGCGUCUUUUGUCUGCCUCUUGUGUAUUAUGAUUAUGCACAUCUAUAAUAAAUAAUAAAAAAAGGAGCUUAACAAAUUUUAA